AUGUCCUAUUCAGAACAAAAAGAAAAAAAGAAAGACUGCCCAGAAGUAGUUUGCGAAAAAAGUGACCCUUUAGGUACCUAUAGAAAAUUCGCAUAAUAACCAAAGACAAUGAAGUUUAAAGAUGAAGAUACAGAUGACCAUUCUAACUCAUCAGGAGAAUUGGAAAAAUCAGAAGAUAAAGUUGCUUAAGAUGAUCCAUAUAAAUACUGCCCUAAUAACAAAUAGAGCUUGGGUUUCUUUACUUGGAAUUUUUUACACACUAUGGCUAUAUACUACCCAAAAAAUCCUACUGAAGAAGAAUAAUAAAAAAUGAAAAAUUUCUUUGAUUCAUUUGCCACCUUUUACCCUUGCAAACCUUGCGCUCUCCAUUUCCAAAAAGAUAUAUUAAAGACUCCCCCUGCUGUAGAAAGUAACGAGAGUCUGAGUAUAUGGCUAUGUGAGAGACACAAUCUUGUAAAUAAAUGGUUGGGAAAGUAGCAAUUUGACUGCUCAUUUGAGAAUUUAGAAAAAAGAUGGCGCACUGGAUAUGACCACUGCAAAGAUUAAGUCACUAAACUCUAGUGA